AUUUUUAUUUACGUUUUUUAUACAUAGUUAAUAAUUUAUGUUUCUUAUCAAGUGGAAAUAUUACUUAUCAGUGGUGUGGGGUGAUUGAAUAUAUUAAUUUAUAAAAAGUUAUAUAUUUAUAAAAAUGAAUUCCAAAAAAUUACAACUCUUUAUGGAGUUGUUGCUGCCAGCCCUGUUUCUAUUACAAGGGACGUUGUGUCUUCGGAACGUGUACAUGGUUAUACCUGAAGCAGUUGAGCGAGGAAAGACAGCGGUCAUUAAGUGUAUGUACGACUUAGAGAACGAAGAAUUGUACCAAGUGAAGUGGUACCGAGGCGAUCGAGAAUUCUGUCGGUAUUCGCCUAAAGAUGUUCCACCGCUCAAAAUAUUUCCCAUACGUGGAAUAGAGGUCGAUCGUGAAGCUAGCGAUUGGGAGAAGGUUACAAUAAAGGCCGUAACGAAUACAGCAAAUGGACGAUACACUUGCGAAGUGUCAGCAGAUGCACCUUCUUUUAUAACAUCUCAAAUGCAAGGAAUGUUGUACGUGGUUGAUUUACCCCAAGAUUAUCCCGAGUUGAAUGGACUUAAAAAUUAUUACAAGCCGGGUAUGAAACUAAAGGUUGAAUGCAUCAGUCGCAACUCGCUGCCACCAGCUAACAUAUCAUUUUUCAUCAACGAUGAAAGAGCUCACUCGAAGCAUGUAUGGCACAAAGUAUCUGGUGGCACGAACGGCAGCCUAUGGACCGCCUACAGCACUAUACAGUUCGUCGUGCAAAACCACCACUUCAUAAACGACAAAUUAAGGAUCCGAUGUACAGCUUUCAUCUAUUCAAUAUAUUCUAAGAGUCACGAGAAAGUCACAACCCGAAUAAGAGAUAGGACGACAACGCCACCAGAGCUGGUGACCAGACAGAGGAUUGUUCAUCGCAAAGAUCACAACCGUGUUUCUGGAUUGUCUGUAGCAAGCAGUGAUGCAUGGAGUUUUGCGGGGAUUGCAUAUAGGGAAUUAUUAAUAAUUACACUAAUGCCAUUACUAGCAUAUGUAUUAAAUUAAUUUCCGUAUGCCUUAGUUAGGAAUUUACUAUCUGAUCAUGAUAUA